AUGCCAUUCCAGCAACACAGCCCUGCCCAGUCCAUAGUCGGGUACCCGAGCAGCUUCAUCCAUCUGAACGACCACAGACAUGCGAUCGAGCCCAUCAGCCCACCGCCAACUGGUUACAGUUUGCUUGCAUCGAAGCUUGCAGCCAGGUUCCCCGACGGGCAAGGCUUGCCAAUCCAGCCUUUGUACAGGAGAUUCGGGAAGCUCACUCACCGCAUGCUCCUCCAUCUACAGGAUGAGAUAUGUCAGCUAGAGGAUCAGCUUCACGGCGUAGAUGACGCUGGGGCUCACAACCGGCAGAUGUAUCCGGGGCAUAUCUCGCCCGAGUCCAGGCGGGCCGAGGAGAGUGCCAACGGGGAGCUGUACCAGCACAAGACUCAUCUGCUAGGCCAAAUUGGAUUCAAGCUUGAGCUUUACAACAAUCUACUCAAGUCGUUUCAUACAACUCAGGAUAUGCCAAGCGCCAGCGUUGAUGAUGUACACGACUACCGCACAUUCCUCAACGACGAAACGCCCAUCGACGAGCUGGAGACGCGAUUUCUCGACCAUGUUGACGAUUUGCUGUGUUUUCCAGUUGGCGACUAUGGUGUACGAAACGACGAAGAUGUCUCUGCAACCCCUGUGCAAGGUAAAAGCCCUCCGCAAUUUUACACCAUCAACCGCGCACCGCCGGGCAAGAUGAGCUCUGGGCAAGGGUCAAGUAGCUCGGGCGGGCGCGUCGACGAACCUGGUUCAUCGGCCAACGAGCUCGUCGCAGCACUCGGCGCCGUAUCAGUCUCGAUACUCGUGCCAGUGCUGGCCUUUUUGAUUGUGCCUGGUUUCAUUGGCCGGCUGGUUGUGUCGCUUCUCGUUGGGGUGGGCGUCGUGAUGGCCCUCGUCAACUCACAGUAUACGGCCCUUCCGCAAGCUCGGCAAGCCAUGAUGCUUGUCGCCUGCUAUGGGACUGUCAUGGCGAUCCUGGCAGGCGUCGUUGCUUAG